AUUCCUCGGGUCACUCAAACUUCUUUUUUUGUUUCUUUUGAGUUUUUUACAAUUUAAUUGCACAUUCAAACAGUCGUCAAUAUCACCUGUGAAUAUCAAGUGAUUAAUGAGACGUAACAACAUAGCUUAGAUAUACAGACAUCAAUAUCUCGAACUUUAAUAUUAGCAUAUAAUUGAACAUGGUAUCGAUUAAUUUGGAAAUUCACAUAAGAGGAAAACUGCAUUCUUUUGUUUCGUUUUGGAUGUAAGAUUUAUUUAUAUUUCGGCUUCCUUGAGGGUUGUGAUGAGCCUGUAAGGCAAAACUCGGGGUCAAAUCUAUAAUGUAUACCUGUUCGUUUCAGUAAGGCUUGGUAGAUGAGCUAGCUACCUAACGGCUCGGCGCUGUUGCUAACACAUGCUAACUAUACCAGCUCUCCAGCUUGAUGUGUCUGAGAGCUGAUAGCCAGCGCACUGGCUUGCUUUGUAUGAUGCCGACUACAGUUUAACUGUCCAUGCUAGCGAGCUAAGUGUGUGAGGAACGUGAAAGAAGAGAGGCUUGGCAGCACCCUCUAACACCACCACCACCGGCAGCAUCCACUGGUAAUCUUGACUACGGCUGUGUAUUGUCGCUAGCUGAAGUUCCUCCUCCGUUUGUGGAUGAGGUAGUUUAGCUAGCUCAAACGAACCGGGGCGGCAGUCUAUACAUGUCUAUCUCUCGACCACGAGGCGAGCUGCGAAAGGCAAAUCUUGCAGUUCAUGUUUCGCCAAGAGGUCGGUGUGGCGUCUUUUAUUCCAUCCUGUUCGUAUCUUUUCCAACACGACAAGAGGAAUAUGUCCAGAUAUAACAUAUACAGCCUGCUGGACUGGAUCUACGGCGGGGUGGACCCCAAGUUUGAGGGCAACGGGGGCCCCGAGUGUGCUGCCUUCCUCGCUCCACAGCAGCGCAUCAGCGAGAGUCUGGUCAUCGUCCUCAUCUCCCUGGUGGAGAUUCUGGUGGCACUGAAGAAAAUAAACAUCUCCAAAGAGCUCAGAGUAGCCGGGAAAGACUGCAUAAGGGCAAAGGAGGAUAGUCUGGGCAAGAACCUGUUGCUGGUUACUCUGUGCAUGACUUUCGGAGUGGAGGUUGGCUUCAAGUUUGCAACCAAGACUUUGAUAUAUCUGCUGAAUCCUUGCCAUGUCGUCACCAUGGUGCAGAUCUUCCUGCUGGCCUGCCCGCCAUGUAAGACAGCUAUGGUUGUGUUCAGGCUGCAGGUCCACAUGUUGAAUGGCGCAUUACUGGCUUUAAUGUUCCCUGUAGUCAACACCAGACUGCUGCCAUUUGAGAAAGAGAUCUAUUACAUCCAGCACUCCAUGAUGUACCUGGUGCCUGUUUAUCUUUUCAGGAAAGGAGGUGUGUACAAGCCUGAGCCUCUGGGAGAUAUGUGGUGGGCUGUGCUCUCUACAGGCAUCCUGUUCUUCUAUCACUUCACCUUCCUGCAGCUCCUUGGCCUGGCGACUGAGGUCAACUUGAAUAACAUGCUCUGCCCGGCUGUGUCCGAUCCAUUUUACGGCCCUUGGUACCGGGUUUGGGCGACGGGCCACCAGACCUUGCUGACGCUCAUCCACGGGAAGCUCCUCACACUUAUCUCGCAGCACAGCGGCACCGCCUGCAGAUACCUGCUGGACACACUCAGACUGCGCAGCAAGAAAGUUGACUGAAUGUCCACGAAGGUGCAUUCAGACCUAGCCUUUUCUUUCUUUUUAAAUCAACAUUUUAAUGCCUCUUUUAAGACUUGUUUCACAGAAACAAGCGAGCAUUUCAGGGCCAGUGAAUCUUCGUGUCAUUCUUUUAGCGUUGUAGUUGGCUUGCAUGCACAAACGUACCGGGCAUUUUAAAGCUGGCACUUAGAAUUGUGGCGUUGGCCAGAUUUUAGCCCUCGUUCGUUUUUUUUUUUGUUGUUUUUUAUUUUCAGAAAUAUGUCAGCGAAUUUGUGGCAAUUACUCCAGCUGCUUCUUUUUAAGCUUUGAGGACAGAGAAUAGGGGUCACCCAAAUGUCACUACUGAUCUCCAGCUGUUACACUUUUCUGAUUGUUGUCAGGGGGGGUUUUUAAAGUUGCACUAGAUCAUAUGUUAGCGAGUUUAUUUGCUUCAAACUUGAACUUUGGAGCUGAAUGAAAAUCUGAGCUUUUGUAAAAGUUACUGCCUGUGUAUAGCGUGAGGAUUUCUGUAUGAGCACCUCUCAGUGUUGUUACGACUGAAAGCUUUCUGGCGUUCUUCUGUUCUCACUUGACUCCACGGCUGUGCGGGUUAUGAAAGCAUCGCCGUGGAGGUUUCUUUUGCCUUUCUGUCUCCAACUUGUUCAGAUCAUUCCAGUUGUGAUAAUCAGGGGACAGGAGGGUGUAUUACAUGCUGCGACUCAAAGCAGUGAAAGAGGAUCCAGAAAUCCACAGUGGGAUGUUAAUAUUAUCUCUGUGAAGGAGUUUUUUUGUUUUUUAGUCUUUGUUUUAUUGUGCUGUUAGACCAUAAUAAGUGAGGUAUAAUCUCGAGUGGGAGGAAUUCGGUGUUUCCCAAGAUAAAGUGUCUUUCUGGGUUGGAUUAAUGUAUCUUACAAAACAUCCAUUCUCUCCACCGCAACUGUAACGAGCCACACUCCAGUUUGUAUUUUAAGAAAUGCAUCUGAUGUUCUGCAUGAGGUCACUGUGGGUCAUUUAUUCAUGGCCCGUUUGAAAGGAAGUAUUAACUGAUAAGUUAGAAGAUGUCAGUCAUGGUAUGUAUCAUUUCAAAUAUGAGGGAUGUGUGUAUAUUACUGUAGCAUAUUCUAAACUUCACUGCAAAGAAGGGAUAAGAGGAACUUUUGUAUUUCUAUCAGUUUGAGUGUAUGUGCUGUAUUGAAAAUAAAAGGUGAUUGUAGCUGAU